GAGCUGGAGGACAUCUUCAUCGCGGUGAAGACGACGAGGAAGUACCACAGGACGCGGCUGGACCUGCUCUUCCAGACGUGGAUCUCGCGGGCCCAGGGGCAGACAUUUAUAUUCACAGACUGGGAGGAUCGGGAGCUACGCCUAAAAGCAGGGGAUCACAUGAUCAACACCAACUGCUCUGCUGUCCACACCCGGCAAGCUCUCUGCUGCAAGAUGUCUGUGGAAUAUGAUAAAUUCCUAGAAUCUGGGCAAAAAUGGUUUUGCCACGUGGACGAUGAUAACUACGUGAAUCCACGGACUCUCCUGCGUCUUUUAUCUGCCUUCUCGCACAGCCAGGAUGUUUAUGUGGGGCGACCAAGUCUGGACCACCCCAUUGAAGCAGCUGACCACAUUCAAAGUGAUGGAUCAACAACUGUGAAAUUCUGGUUUGCCACGGGUGGAGCAGGGUUCUGUAUCAGCAGAGGUCUUGCCCUGAAGAUGAGUCCCUGGGCCAGCCUAGGUAAUUUCAUCAGUACCGCAGAAAGAGUGCGUCUUCCUGAUGACUGCACUAUUGGCUACAUCAUUGAAGGGCUCCUGGAGGUGAAGCUGCUGCACAGCCCGUUGUUCCAUUCACAUCUGGAAAACCUGCAGAGGCUACAAGGCGAGUCUGUGCUGCAACAGGUAACCCUAAGUUAUGGGGACCCUGAGAACAAACACAAUGUUGUGAGCGUGGGAGGAGUGUUUGGCCUGCAGCAAGAUCCAACACGAUUUAAAUCUGUCCACUGUCUUCUCUAUCCUGACACUAUUUGGUGCCCCACUAAGAAGAUAUCUUAAUCUUUGACCAAUUGUUGGCACCUUAUCUACUUUACUUAAGACAGGAGUUUUGAUUUUUUUUUUUUUAUUUUUCCUGGGAGGAAAACAAA